AUGGAUAGCUCAAGAAAGCCCGUCCUUAAAAACCCAAGAAAGGGAGCUAAUCCAAUAUCACAGCUUCUUUUCCUGUGGAUUAUUCCAACGAUGUUUCGAGUGAGUCACGCUGUUUCAGCUUCGUUGCUGCACACAUCAUCAUUAUCAAAAGCUUUGUCUUCUUCAUCAACGUUGACGGAAGCAUUAAUUAAUAUCAACAAAAUAUUUUCAUCUCAUCAUCAAAGGAACAUAUGGCGUAAAAUGAAAUAUGCAUUACAAGACCUGUAA